CUUGAACGUCAACUAAGACCGUCACCUUCAAUGCGGUAACUUGUAAUGCCUCCUCGAAUACCGGUGGCAUCGCGUCGCCUCCUGUCAUCGAGGCCAUUGUCCUUCACCAUUGUUGAACUCCAGCGACGCUCCGCCUCGAGCUCCGCAACAACACCGGAAGUCUACGAUGUCGUCUGUGUCGGAGGAGGCCCGGCAGGACUAAGCUUGCUCACAUCAUUGCGCGCGUCUCCGGUAACAAGCGCGCUCAAGGUUGCGCUGGUAGAGGGACAGGAUCUAUACAAGAGUCGACUACGGAGCGAUGCACCGCUGGAUAGCUUCUCGAAUAGAUGCAGCUCCUUGACACCGGCUUCCGUUCGGAAUCUCCAAGAAAUCGGUGCAUGGAACCAUGUUAAUCAUGCGCGAGUCCAGGCCUACCAGGAAAUGCAGGUAUGGGACGGCGUAUCUGACGCACGUAUCUCAUUCGACUGGGACUCGGCGAGGCCGCUUCUCUCCCCUAGAAAACCUACACAACCUACGACGAUUGCAUACAUGAUUGAAAAUGUCAAUACCACUACCGCACUUCUCUCCCGCCUCUCCGAACUGGGAGGUGUCGACAUCUUCUCGGCGUCCAGGGUGGAAUCAAUAGAGCUGGGAGCGGACACGGAACAGCUGGACUUGUCAUCGUGGCCGAUUGUCACUUUGUCAAAUGGACGCACGCUAGCAGCACGGCUACUCGUGGGUGCGGACGGAGCCAACAGCCCCGUGCGGACAUUCGCGGGGAUCGCCUCACGUGGCUUUGACUACAACAGACACGGUGUAGUUGCGUCGCUGAAGCUAGAAGGUCCUGGCUGGGGCGGUCCCAAUCACAAAAUUGCGUAUCAGCGUUUCCUGCCGACCGGUCCCAUCGCCAUGCUUCCUCUACCGGGAGACAUGGCCACUCUCGUGUGGAGUACGACACCCGAACGUGCGGCGACACUCAAGUCAUUGGCUCCGAACGACUUUGUUGCGAUGGUUAAUGCUGGGUUCAGACUUUCGCCGACGGAGCUCGAAUACCUGCACACGCUGCCCUCGGGUCAAGAGGAGGAGAUUGCAUGGAGAGAGAAACAUACUCGUGUUGAUGAGCGGAGCGUGCCCAUGCGGGUAGCAUCCGUUCAACAGGGGACAGUUGCCUCGUUUCCCUUGCGGAUGAGGCAUGCCGACACAUAUACAGGCGAGCGCGUUGCUCUGGUUGGAGAUGCAGCACAUACCAUCCACCCUUUGGCAGGACAGGGCCUCAACCAAGGUCAAGGAGACGCAGCAUCUCUGGCGCAAACAAUAUCAGAGGCAGUAAAGUCGGGACAGGAUAUUGGGUCUACGCUGGCUUUGGAGAGCUACAACAGCGACCGCUAUGCAGAGAACAAUACCAUGUUGGGCGUCUGCGAUAAGCUGCAUCGUUUAUACAGCACAGAGGCCUGGCCCGUAGUUGGCUUGAGGAGUGUGGGUCUCCGCGCUGUGGAUGCCAUGGGUCCUCUGAAGGGGUUUUUGAUGGGCAGAGCGGCUGGUGGUUCGUAGAUACCAUGUUGUAUUAUAUCAGAUAUUGUAUAGUAGAGGAAGAAGGCCCUCGAGCGACAGUAAUAUCUGCCUCCGCGCUAGAACCUACAAUGGAAAAGGCCUGAUGAUAUCACUUCUUAGAAUCCUUGCGACAUUACUGAGCAA